AUGGAGGACAAGACGAGCUCGAGGGACGAGAGAGCGGACGCAGGGAAUUCGGUGCAGAGGAGAGACUCGACCAAGAAAAGCGGCGGAGGAGGAGGAGGAGGCGCGAGUCCCGGUGCGUCCAAAGAACACGGCAACUCGGUGAGCGCGAGCGCCCGGACGGACCGGGACCGGGAGGAGGCUGCGGUGGGGCUGUGCGACGACACCGAGAGCCGGCAGCAGCAGCAGCAGCAGCACGGCUUCAUGCAGCGGCAGAUCGGCGCGAUGCUGCAGCCCGGAGUGAACAAGUUCUCUCUGCGCAUGUUCGGCAGCCAGAAAGCCGUGGAGAAGGAGCAGGAGCGCGUGCAGACCGCCGGCUACUGGAUCAUCCACCCUUACAGCGACUUCAGGUUCUACUGGGACUUGAUCAUGCUCAUCAUGAUGAUGGGGAACCUAAUCAUCAUUCCUGUCGGAAUAACGUUCUUUUCCGAACAGACCACGACCACCUGGCUGGUGUUCAACGUGGCCUCGGACACCAUCUUCCUGGUGGACCUGGUCAUGAACUUCCGCACGGGAAUCGUCAACGAGGAGAGCUCGGAGAUCAUCCUGGACCCCAAGGUGAUUAAGAUGAACUAUCUGAAGAGCUGGUUCGUGGUGGAUUUUCUCUCCUCCAUUCCCGUGGAUUAUAUCUUUCUGAUCGUGGAGAAGGGCUUCGAUUCGGAGGUGUACAAGACGGCGCGGGCGCUGCGCAUUGUCCGCUUCACCAAGAUCCUCAGCCUGCUGCGUCUGCUCCGCCUCUCACGCCUCAUCAGAUACAUCCACCAGUGGGAGGAGAUUUUCCACAUGACGUACGACCUGGCGAGCGCAGUGGUAAGAAUCUUUAACCUGAUUGGGAUGAUGCUCUUGCUGUGUCACUGGGAUGGAUGUCUGCAGUUCCUGGUGCCUCUGCUCCAGGACUUUCCUCCGGAUUGCUGGGUGUCUCUAAACGGUAUGGUUAAUGACUCCUGGGGGAAGCAGUACUCGUACGCUCUGUUCAAGGCCAUGAGUCACAUGCUGUGUAUCGGAUACGGCGCCCGAGCGCCGGUCAGCAUGUCCGAUCUGUGGAUCACGAUGCUCAGUAUGAUCGUGGGAGCGACGUGUUAUGCCAUGUUCGUGGGUCACGCCACGGCGCUCAUCCAGUCACUCGACUCCUCGCGCAGACAGUACCAGGAGAAGUAUAAACAAGUGGAGCAGUACAUGUCGUUCCACAAGCUCCCGGCCGACAUGCGCCAGAAGAUCCACGACUACUACGAGCAUCGCUACCAGGGCAAGAUCUUCGACGAGGACAACAUCCUGAACGAACUCAACGACCCUCUGAAAGAGGAAAUCGUGAACUUUAACUGCAGGAAGCUGGUAGCCACCAUGCCUCUGUUCGCCAACGCCGAUCCCAACUUCGUCACUGGAAUGCUGAGCAAGCUCAAGUUCGAGGUUUUCCAGCCCAACGAUUACAUCAUCCGCGAGGGCACCGUAGGGAAAAAGAUGUACUUCAUCCAGCACGGCGUCGCCAGCGUCAUCACCAAACACAACAAGGAGAUGAAGCUGACGGACGGCUCAUACUUCGGAGAAAUCUGCCUCCUGACGAAAGGACGUCGCACGGCUAGCGUCCGCGCCGACACGUACUGCCGCCUCUUCUCUCUCUCCGUCGACCAUUUCAACGAAGUGCUGGAGGAAUACCCAAUGAUGCGACGCGCCUUCGAGACCGUCGCCAUCGACCGCCUCGACCGUAUCGGGAAGAAGAACUCCCUCCUGCUUCAGAAGUUCCAGAAGGACUUGAAUGCCGGUGUGUUCAAUACACAGGAGAACGAGCUUCUGAAGCAGAUUAUCCGACAGGACCGGGAGAUGGUGAUGAUGGUGGAGAGGAAGCAGUCGGUCACAGGUGCGAAUUCGACGCCCAUAUCCGGAAACUCCAUCAUUAACUCUCCAGCUCAGCCUCCAUUCGCUAACAGCCAGUUCCAGCAGCAACUGCAAUCCUCACCCAUUACCCCUAUGACCCCCAUGACCUACAGCACCUCAGCAUCAAUCAUCCCUGCAGCUCGUUUAGCUGGGAGUGUCGCCUUCUCAUCACCAGUCAACCCAGCCACACCCUUACAGCAGCAGCCGACGCCCGGAGGCGUCCUGUCUCCCUGCUCGUUCACAGCAGGGCGAACCUUCCAGUAUGGAUCACCCACGGCUUCACAGCUCUCCCUCGUGCCCCAGCUGUCGGCCGUAACGACACAGCAGCAGCAGCAGCAGUCGCCGCAGCCACAGCAGGCGUCCCCGCAAAGAAACGAGGUUCAGAGUAGUCUUAGCAGAGACGUGCGCCAUCUUUCGGCCUCUCAGCCCUCUCUGCCUCAUGAAACCUCGCUAGCCAUUAGGCAACAUCCAUCCUCUGGAGAGUCCUUGGCAUCUAUCCAGCCUGCAGCAAGCCCCUCCCCACAAGCACCUGGUUCUGCCCCACAGCAGGGCGCCAUUCGCACCACGGUCCCUCCGAGGGUGGCACUUUUCCGACAAAUGUCAUCAGGCGCGCUACCACCAGUGCGAGCGGCGCCCUCUACAAUCCAGCACAGAGAUCCGAUGGGAUCCAGGAGAGAGUCGGCCGUCUUAAACAGCGGCACCGAGACUGAACAAGACAAGAUGCGAUUUGCGUCGAAUUUAUGA